AUGUCCGUUGCAAGCCCACCGACCACACUCACACCAAAAGACGUCGAAAUCGCAACAAGGGCUGCAAAUCACUUCACUCGCGUCUACUACGCGACUUAUGACUCCGAUUCGCGUGUCGCAGACCUGCCGCUCUUCUAUCGACCCACGUCCUCCUUGACAUGGAAUGGGAAGCCAUAUCAGGGCGCAGAUGGUCUUAGAGCUUUGAUUGAGAAUAUGCCGCCAACGAAGCAUGAAGUCAAUUCUUUCGAUUGUCACCCAAUUCCAGGCACGUCUCCGCCAUCUUUGCUGGUGACGGUUUCUGGCAAUGUAACGCAUGGCCAAGGACCUGCUGGUAAUCCUCCGGACACGCCUGUGAAAUCACCGGACGGACAACCUCGCGUCUUCUCCCAAACUUUCAUGCUAGUACCAGAUCCAAAUGCUCCCCCUUCAAAGGCGGGAGAGGUAGCUAAGUAUUACGUUGGCGCGGACUCAUUGCGAUUUGUCGGUUAG